AUGCUUGGCGCUGCCGCAGGGGUCUUUAACCUGACCUUGGAAGGGCCAGGACUCAUCGAAUCGCAAUCCCAGAAUGCGACGUCAGCGACGGUGAGGAUCUUGAAACCCCGACCAACUGCAGCGAUAGACCUUGCCCUAGAUUACCUUCCCGAUGGACCUUCUCUAGCCAUCCGAGGCUCCAGCGAGGCUCCAGCGAGGCGCAUUGGACCGAGAGCCUCACUGGCCACCCCCGAAGACACGUAG